AUGGACCCGCUAAGUUUAACAGCCAGCGUUGCAGGUCUGCUCAGCCUUACCAUCGACGUCACCGAGAUCCUCUCCAAGUACAUAAGAUCGGUCAAGAAGGCUGAGCCAGAAUCACUCGAGCUCAGACAAGAGCUUUGUUCACUCUGUGAAGUACUGAAGCAGCUUGACCAAUUCCUCGAUGGUGAGAACGGACCACCCCCACGGUUCAAAGACACUUCAGCCUUGUUUACUUCGAUCCAAACCUGCCACGCAACACUCAAUUCGCUUUCAACAAUUGUACAGAAGCUCCCGAAAGAAAGCUCGGAGAAGAAAUGGUACCGAAAGUUAAUCUGGUGUCUCCAACGUGAUGGGAAGAUGGAUACUAUCGCCACAAUCCGGCGCUGCAUCCAGAUAUUCCAAUUCUCGUUGACAAUAGAAGGAUGUGAUGUCCUCUCUAAAACCCUGGAUGAGGUUCUGGUAAAUCGUGAAACGCAGCUAAACACUUCGAAAAACGUCACGGAAAUCGUGGAGCUUGUCAAGAAGAUUCAGACCGAUCUUGACAAAAAAGGGAGUUUGCACGACAGUCAGAUGAGCCAACUUCAUCAGCGUCACAUGGCCGAUGAACGACAGAAAUUGCUGGAAUGGAUCGGCGGCUCAACUAAUCCAUCAUCUAAUCAUAACCGGGCUAUGGCUCAGAGAGAGCCAGAGACUGGUCUCUGGUUUCUGGAGUCAGACGAUUUUAGCGGCUGGAUCAAAUCGCCGGGCUUGCUAUGGCUGCACGGAAUUCUUCUCUGCUCAACGAUCAUCGAGGCUGUUAAAGAAUUGUGUUCUGACGGCACAGCUGGAAAGUUAGCCUAUUUUUACUUCAACUUUCAGGAUUUCCAAAAUGAUUCUCACAAGGAGGAUCUGUCCAUGUCCGCUCUACUCCGGUCGCUGCUCAGACAACUCUGUGCCAACGAGCCCACACUGCCGGAUCCAGUCCAAGCAAUAUGCACUCGGCACCGCGGGACCGGAUCAAACCCUACCCAUGAGGAGCUAACGUCUGCCUUGGACGCUGUUAUUUAUCACCUGGCCACAGAUGUUUAUAUCAUACUGGAUGCGCUCGACGAAUUUCCAGAGAAUACAAACAACGCACAAAGGAAAAAAUUGCUCAAAUGGAUCACCUUAAUGGUCGAUGGUCGUUUCCAGAACCUCCACAUCCUGACAACAAGCCGAAAAGAGUGGGAUAUCGAUGCGGCUCUAGGAAAUCUGGCAAAUGGGGGUCUCUCCAUCCAGGGCUCUGCGGUCGACGGUGACAUCCAAAGGUACAUACAAUCCUCUCUGGAGGAAGGUCCACUUAGCAGAUGGCGGGACAAGAUCGAUAUCAGAGCUAGCAUAGAGACGAGGCUCACAGAGGGGGCUAAGGGAAUGUUUCGUUGGGUUGUCUGCCAGCUUGACAUGCUGGGGGAAUGCACAAACGUCAGCUCCAUUAGACAAGCACUGACCGAGUUACCGGAGACUCUCGACGAGACAUAUGAGCGGAUACUGAACGCAAUUCCAAGAACAAACAAGGUCGAUGCUCGAUCCAUUCUUCAGUGGCUUGUAUACUCGAAACGCCCUUUGACACUGGAGGAGGUCGCAGACGCUGCGGUUCUGAGACCUGGAGAUGACCCGAGUGACCCGGAUGAAUUAUGCAACCUCUCAGAAGUUUUGCGCAUUUGUCGCAGUCUCGUUACACUGUCGACGGAGAAACAAACGGAGAAACACUUUACCCGGAGGGGUUAUUUGGAGGUUGAAGUGGUCAGGUUCGCCCAUUUCUCCGUCCUUGAAUACUUGACAUCUGGACGAUCGGCCUACUUCUCUGUUUCUGCCACCGAGGCUCACAACUAUAUUGGCGAAUGCUCCAUUUCGGUUCUCCUUCAGUUGGACCAGCCUUCACAAUCAAAUAAGGAUGCCGACGCAAGGCCAGUGACCGAAUACGCAGCGCAGUACUGGCACAAACAUGUCUGCGAGGUUGAAAAGGUAACCGGCGGACUUUCGAAAAUUUCGGACAGUGCAUACCGGUUCCUCGGCGAAACUUCUCCUCGUUGCUUUUUGAGAUGGCUCCAGAUUUUUGAUCCUCGAGAUUCUAUAAAGGAAGACAUUUUCAGAUUUUUCGCACCCCCCCGGCCGACAGCGUACUUCCCGCUGUUCUACUCGUCGCUGCUAGGCUUAAAGCACGCCACCCGCCGCCUGAUCAAGAGCGGAGCUGACGUCAACCAGCAAAUUCCAGGGUAUGUUAGUGCACUUCAUAUUGCUGCGGAGAAGGGUCACUAUGAGAUUGCUCAGAUUCUGCUUAAAUCCGGAGCAGAUGUCAACCAGCAAACUCCAGGAUAUGGUAGUGCACUUCAUGCUGCUGCGAAGAGGGGUCACUAUGAGAUUGCUCAGAUUCUGCUUGAAUCCGGAGCAGAUGCCAAUCGAUGGGCUAAAGAUUAUGGCACGCCAUUGGAAUGUGGCGUAGCUAACCAACAUCUGAGUAUCUGCCAGCUGCUUAUCGAUCACGGGGCCGAUGUGAAUGCUGCCACCACACAUGGCAAUGGUAGUGUCCUGCUGGCGGCCUUGGAGCGACUAGGCCCGUCCACAUUACAUAGUGUCGAAAUCGUGCAGCUGCUGCUUACCCACGGUGCUAACGUCAGUGCUCGGACGGCUAGAGGCUGGGGAGGAGAGCGCACAGCUCUAGAUUUAGCCUCAGCAAAGGGUUUUCUCGGAAUUGUCCAAUUACUCCUUGAUAAAGGGGCCGAUAUUAAUGCUCCGGGUAGAUAUCAGGUCGGUACUGCUCUACAGGCAGCCUCGGCAUAUGGACACCUUGAAGUUGUUCGACUACUCCUUGAUAAAGGGGCCGAUAUUAACGCUCCGGGUGGAAUUAACGUCGGUACUGCUCUACAGGCAGCCUCGGCAUGUGGGAAUCUUAAAAUUGUUCGACUACUCCUUGAUAAAGGGGCCGAUAUUAAUGCUCCGGGUGGAAUUAACGUCGGUACUGCUCUACAGGCAGCCUCGGCAUAUGGACUUCUUGAAGUUAUUCGACUACUCCUUGAUAAAGGGGCCGAUAUUAAUGCGCCGGGUAGAUAUCAGGUCGGUACUGCUCUACAGGAAGCCUCGGCACGAGAUCAGGUUGAGACUGUGCAGCUAUUGCUCGAACAGGGGGCAGAUGUCAACGCUCCGGCUGGAAGAAAGGGCACUGCUCUGCAGACGGCCUGCGCGAGAGGAGCUGUCCAAAUGGUUCAGUUGUUGCUCAAACACGGUGCGGAUGUCAACGCGUGGACGGAUUAUUUGUGGCCUCCCGGUCAUCACGGAAGAGAAGAGCCCAGCACCGCACUGCAGUGUGCGUUGGUGGAUGACCGUGCGGAUAUCGUGGAGCUGUUGAUUGAAUAUGGCGCAGACAUGAAUGCGACAAAUGAAAAUGACCGCACAGCGCUGGAUUUGGCGAAGGAGUGGGGAAAGGAAGAAUCAAUCAAGGUAUUGGUCGAGCGCGGAGCGACAGAGAGAGACGCAGUGUCAGACUGA